AUGAACGAGGAUUACAACAUUGAACCAGAUGCCGAAUUAGGACGAACUACAUUUGAGGAUGAUAAUCUUCUUAAGCAGAAUACACCUAUAUCGAAACCUAUUAGCCCUAGAUUCCAUGCUCGUCGUGCUUCUAUGCAAGAGGCAACUUGGACAAUUAAAGACUCUUUUCACGUAACUACAAAAGAUGUUGUACAACGAUGUAUACAUACCUUAAUCCCUACAACGAAUUUUUUCGACGUUAUCGAUGAUAGGCCCGAUUUAUAUGGUCCCUUUUGGAUAACAACCACAGUUGUUCAAGCAUUGUUCUUUUCCAAUUCCAUCACUGACUAUGUGCGCCAUCUCACUGGAUCUAUAGACAAUCCUUAUUCCAUUGGUAAGUUGGUUUCUGCGGCUUCCAUCAUUUAUGGUUAUACUGCCAUUGCUGCAGUCAUACUUUGGGGGUUUUUGGUUUGGAAUAAAUGCAAUCCAAAAUUACUCGAUUGCGUAUGUAUAUAUGGUUAUGCCAACAUCAGCUGGCUGCCUGUUUCUUUGAUGACUCCUCCGUUUAGUUUAUUGUCUUCUUUGGUAUCCCAUAUUAUUAAAUGGAUAUUAACAUCCGUUGGUCUGGGUAUUUCACUUGUCUUUCUUGUUCGAAACCUCUAUCCUGUUUGCCAACAGGCAGGAACAUAUUUGUGUAAGCUUUCCAUGGGUGGAAUUAUCAUCCUUCAUAUUUUACUUGCAAUUACUUUGCAACUGGUCUUUUUCAAGUAA